CUUUGAAAUGCUCCGAUUGGCUGUGGCCAAUCAAAAACGAAGUUUAUUCUUAUCAGUUCCAUGUAGUAGUCAACAGGAUCAUUACAAAGUUCUUGGAUUGGCACAAUCAGCCUCGCAAAAAGAUAUUAAAUCUGCAUAUUAUAAACUUUCGAAACAACAUCAUCCAGAUACAAAUCCUACAAAUAAGGAGGAGGCUGCUAAAAAAUUUCAUCAGGUUGCCAUGGCUUACGAAAUCCUGAGCUCAGAAGAUAAACGAAAAGCAUAUGAUAUGACACGAAUCAGAACUUCUCCGAUGCCUAAUGACCCAUCAUCAUUUAGCAAUCGAUAUCGGCGGCGGACAUCUUCAAAUUUAAAACAAUAUACAGAUAUUGAUAUUGACUACAAAGAUUUUGAACAUUUUCAACGGAGCACACGACGAAGACCUCAAUAUCAUUCACAUUUUGAUAUGCCAAAUGAGUUUUACGCAGAGUUUGGAGGAUUUAAGAAACGAGUAUUCAAAAGUGAAUAUGAAGAAGCACAAGAGAAGCACGGAUCAAUGUAUAAAGAUGGUCGAGCAGCGCAAAGAGAAAUGGAAGAGCUCCGACGGCAAGUUGAACGAGAACAAGCGGCUCAUCAAGCUCGAUAUCCAAUCCCCACAUUUGAGCAGAUAAUGAGAGAUAAACGAGCAAAAGAAGCCAGUGAAGCACGACAGUACAUGGCUGGAAUGUUUGUGACUGCUGUGAUAGCUGGAUUUUUGACUGUACUCUUGAGUCGUUAGCAUUGUCCCGGUAGCUCGGCAUUAGAUCCAAUUGAUUUUCGAUAGGUUUUCAUUUAAUUUUUAGAAAUAAAUUUUAAAUUAAUA